UAGGCACAGUAUUCACAUGGCAUAUUGGCAUCGAUAAUCAUGGGACUAAUAAGAAUUUCAGUCCACAAAUUCCAAAAGAAAUUCAAAAUUGAACUCUUAAUCAAAAACCCAAAUGAGAGCCACAAAAACGAAGACAUCAAGAAACGACGAUGAGCUGCUUCACUGCUUCUCUCAUCUCUUCUUUGACGCCUCCCUCACUCGUCUCGCUCAACCAUCUUCCUCCUUAUUCCAUCGUCCACAGAACCACACUCAAGCCAACAAGCCUUACUCAUUCACAGCCUCCUCGAUUAUCCUCAUCCUAUGGUCCGGCUGCCAAAGCUGCGACAGCCAACGACGUUGUUCCCGAAACAGCUCCGACAUCAGCGUCUGAGGUCGUCUCCAGCUUCUACGCCGCCAUUAACAUCCAUGACUUGUCAUCUGUUACAGACCUCAUCGCUCAAGACUGCGUCUACGAGGAUCUCGUCUUCUCAUCUCCUUUCGUUGGCAGAAAGGCAAUUCUAGAUUUCUUCGGUAAAUUCAUUGAAUCAACAAGUACGGAUCUGCAAUUCGUGAUAGAUGACAUUUCAACAGAGGACUCUUCAGCUGUUGGAGUUUCUUGGCAUUUAGAAUGGAAGGGAAAGAAUUUCCCAUUUAGCAAAGGUUGCAGCUUUUACCGGUUAGAGGUGAUUGAUGGGAAGAGACAGAUCGUAUACGGAAGGGACUGCGUCGAGCCUGCAAUCAAACCUGGAGAAACAGUUCUGGUUGCUAUAAAGGGAGUUACCUGGCUGCUGCAGAAAUUUCCUCAACUGGCUGACCAAUUCUGAUGUAACUAUAACGCUCUUGCUUGAUGACGUGAAUCAGCUCACAAAUAAAGGUUUUCUUUAUGGUAUAUAGGAAAAAUACUUCGGCAGCAAUCCCCCACCAUUGUCCAAUUUGUGUUAAUGUAUAUACUAGAAGUUGUCAUGUGUUUUCAACUUCAUGUCGGUCUGAUGAUGUGCAGGCGUAUAUAGAACAUGUGCUAUUAACUAAAUAAAUCUCCAGUUGAUCAU